CAUUUCAUCAUUAUUGGUGUUUUGUCUCAUGUUCUGUCGUACUUUUAACUUAUAAGUAGUCACUCUGGUCCACAGAGCUCUAUGAUGUCGUAGCAUUUUAUUAGUACUAAUUUGAUAUGUCCUGUACAUAUAGAUUACAGAACAAAUUAAAGGAAUUAAAUAAACAAAAAAAAAAAAAGAAGAAGAAGAAGAGGUAAUUCAGAAGGAAUGAAUUCUGCUUCCAAACAUGUAUGUGUGAUCGGUGCAGGUCCAUCUGGGUUGGUGACUGCAAGGGAGCUGAGAAAAGAAGGCCAUAAUGUUGUUGUCCUUGAACAAAAGCAUGAUGUUGGAGGCCAAUGGCUAUAUGAUCCAAAUGUUGAAGAUGAAGAUCCAUUGGGAAAGGGUUUGUUCUUAAAGGUUCACAGCAGUGUUUAUGCAUCUUUAAGAACGGCUUCUCCAAGGGAAAUCAUGGGGUUCACUGAUUUUCCAUUCAUUGUGAAGAAGGAAGAAGAAGGCGGUGGGGAUAGUAGGAGGUAUCCAAGCCACACUGAAGUUCUUGCUUAUUUAAGAGAUUUUUGUGAGUGGUUUGGAUUAAGGGUUUUGAUUAGGUUUAACACUAGAGUGGAAUAUGUUGGAAUGUUGAACUACAAUGACGGAAGUGGUGGCGGCUGUGGUGAUGGAUUUGAGAACUUGAAAUGGAUCGUGAGAAGCGUACUUGAGGAGAAGAAGUUUGAUGAUGAUCGGAGAGUGGUUGGGUUGCCGGCAUCAUCGGAAGAAGUCUUUGACGCGGUGGUUGUCGCCUCCGGCCAUUAUGCUCAACCUCGUUUACCUGAUAUUAAAGGUAUGGAUGAAUGGAAAAGGAAGCAGAUGCAUAGUCAUAUCUACAGAAUUCCACAACCAUUUAAGAAUGAGGUUGUGGUGGUGGUUGGAAAUUCACAAAGUGGACAAGAUAUUUCGAUGGAGCUCUCAAAAGUUGCAAAGGAAGUAUAUUUAAGCGCUAAAGAUCCAUCGAAUGUCACCGAGGGCUUAUCCAAAGUUCUUGCAAAAAGUAAUAAUCUACAUCUUCAUCCAAUGAUCCAAUCGAUACAUGAAGACGGACGAGUUUUAUUCAUAAACGGUCAAUGGAUUAUUGCCGACACUAUCAUAUAUGCUACCGGGUACUCAUAUUCGUUUCCAUUUCUGGAUACCAAAGGAGUAGUUAAGGUGGAUGACAAUGUUGUAGGACCUCUCUAUGAACAUACAUUCCCUCCUUUACUUGCUCCCUCUCUUUCUUUUGUUGGAAUUCCCCAGAGGUUGAUCGGAUUCCCAUUCUUCGAAUCGCAAGCAAAAUGGAUAGCCCAACUUCUCGCAGGAAAGAACCAUUUGCCAUCAGUUGAGCAGAUGAUGAGGUCUAUCCAAGAAUUGUAUGAACUCAGAGACUCUUCUCACAUUCCAAAACACCACACUCACCUUGUUUGUUUUGAGUAUUGUGAUCGGUAUGCUGAGUUCUCAGACUCACUGGCUUUAGAAGAAUGGAGGAAAGAUUUGAUGAGAUCAAGUUUGGUCGGUUAUUUGAGCGAUUUGGAGAACUUUCGGGACUCAUAUGAGCAUGACCAAGAGUUGCUUCAAUUAGCUUACAACAGCUUUCAUUUUACCCAUUUUAGAAUUUAACAAUUUGAAUUCUCUCCAAUUAACUUCUCUAGUAUCAUCCCAUCAAUGUGUUAUGGUGUGUACAUUCUCAUACAUCUAUUUGUUCAUUCAAAUGGGAAAAAAAAAUAAAAAAUGAAAAUAUUGUUUUGAGUGUUGUUGGAAAAGUACAUUCAUGCUCUAUUACAAGAAUAAAGGUCUCCU